CGUUUGGUUUAAUUUGGGCUCUGAUUGGAGCGCCGAGGCCCAUCUGAUCCUCAUCGCGAGUUGAGGCCGCCGCCGAGCAACUACUUCCUGAUGCCGAGCUGCCUCCUUCUCGGCGUCGCGCCACGCCCACCGCCCGCCGCUCUCCGCCUGCUCCUCCGCCGCCGGAUGGCCUCCUCCGAGCCCACCCGCGCUUUCCAGCUCCGCCUCAAUCCGCUCACCGGCGACUCCGAGUGGCUCAUCGUCGACGAGGCGGAGUCAGAGGCGCCUGCGCCGGUCCACCACAAGCAGCUCCUCGCCGCCACCUCCUACCUCGACAUGCUCAACGACGCCGCCCGCAACCGCGCGUACCGCCACGCCAUCGAAGCCACAGUCAUGGACCCCACCUCCCGCGUCCUCGACAUCGGAGCUGGGACUGGGUUGCUGUCCAUGAUGGCUGCGCGAGCUUUGGCAGCUGUUGGAGGUGAAGGCAGCAGGGGAAGCGUGUCGGCAUGCGAGGCCUACCUUCCAAUGGGAAAACUAACACGGAGGGUGCUCAGAGCCAAUGCCAUGGAAAACAAGGUCAAAGUCUUUCACAAGCGUUCAGAUGAGCUCAGAGUUGGGGUUGAGCUUGAUUCUCGAGCUGAUAUACUGGUAAGUGAAAUUCUUGAUUCUGAGCUCUUGGGUGAGGGUCUCAUACCUACUCUACAGCACGCGCAUGACGAGUUAUUGGUGAAAAAUCCAAAGACAGUUCCGUAUGGAGCUACUACAUAUGGAGUGUUAGUUGAGAGCACAUUCUUGUGGAAGAUGCAUGAUCUGCACAGCAGUGAAGCAAAUGCUGAAGAUGGCGUGCGGCUUACUCCUAGCGGGACAGAAAAUAUUCUUUCUGUGAAGCCACAACAACAUGCGAUGCAAUGUGAUGCACUGGCAGAUGAAAUACGAUUGCUGUCAGAACCCUUCAAAGUUUUUGAAUUUGACUUUUGGAAACGACCAGAUAGUCAUCAUGAAACAAAGAUCGAGAUAAAAGCUACUGCUGAUGGACAUGCUCAUGCUAUUAUUUCAUGGUGGGUGCUUCAACUGGAUUCUGCUGGAUCAGUCUUUUACUCAACUGCUCCUCGAUGGGUGAGACAAUCGAGUGGUGUGGAUUUACCACAAUGUGUCCAUGGCAUGAACGACUGGUGUGAUCAUUGGAAGCAGUGUGUCUGGUUUAUACAAGGGACAGGGACUCCUGCUAUGAAAGAUCAAACUCUUUCUUUGAGAGCUAGCCAUGACCAAACUAGUAUCUCAUAUCGCUUGAAUAUGAAUGAUCAAGUAAGCAGUAGAAGCCCCAAAAAUGACCAUCUAACAUUGUUGCCAGAAAGGAUAGCACUUUAUGGUGAUAAAGCUUGGAGAUCAGCAUUGAUAGGUGCAGUUAGAAAUGCGAUGAGUGGAAAGCCUUCUCCAACCUGCAUUGUGGCUGAUGACAGCGUGCUCCUAGCUCUCGUAGUUUCUUCUCUGUUACCAUCUUCAAAAGUUAUUAGUAUGUUUCCUGGUCUUAGGGACAAGGGUUUCAACUAUCUUCGAGCUGUUGCGGAUGCAAAUAAUUUAUCCAUGGACCGGAUUAAAGUCAUUGGUAAAAAUGCCUCAUCCCUAACUAUGAAUGACUUAAAGCAUGAAAAGGUUAAUCUAGUGGUAGGCGAACCUUUCUACCAUGGAAGUGAAGGGAUGCUGCCAUGGCAAAAUCUGCGUUUCUGGAAUGAAAGAACUCUGCUUGAUCCAUUGAUAUCUGAGGAUGCAUUCAUCAUGCCUUGUAAAGGAAUAUUAAGGUUAUGUGCCAUGUCCCUUCCGGACUUGUGGAGGAGCCGUUGCAGCCUUAAAGAUGUUGAGGGCUUUGAUCACUCGGUUGUUAAUGAUACUUUUGGAGCCUGUGGUGAUCUGCCUGGAGAGCAACAAGGCCCUUGCCUGCCAUAUUACGUGUGGCAAUGUGGUUAUACCAAGAAAUUAAGUAAAGUCUACUCUCUCAUGGACUUCAACUUUUCUGAGCCUAUUCAUUCUUGCUUUGGCAAAACAAAGUCUGUGAACUCCUCCUUUCAUACCACCUUGCAGAUCAAGUUUGCCCAUGAUGGAAUAUGUCAUGGUUUCGCAGUUUGGAUUGACUGGGUACUUGAGGAGAAAAAUUCGAUUGUGAUAAGCACCGGACCAGAGAGUAGGUACUGGAAGCAAGGAGUGCAGCUGCUUAGCAGGCCUGUGGAAGUGAAUCCAGCGAGUUCGGUGAUGAAUGUUGAGGCGCAUUUUGACCCUGAGGAGGGGGAGCUUGCGUUUAAAUCCAUGUUCUCGUGAUGUGAUAAUGCAGUGCAAAUUUUACGUGUGCCUAACUGAGCUCAUGCAUGUGUAGAACUUGGACAGCAGAGCUUUGCUCGUUUCCUUUUGUUGGUCAGCAGCUGAUCCUGAUAUUGUGCUCACUGUUUGGGUGUGACGACGACUAAGGAUAACUAGAGGGGUUUGCCGUCUUGAGCUAGAGCGAGAGGGUAAUGCUACAUCAACACUACUGCCAAAUAUUUAAUCAGAUAUAUCGAUCACUAGCUAGUGUGUA